AUGAAAGAACAAUAUCGGAUCCCCGACUCUGCAAGAAAAGCAACAGCCGUCACCUUUUUUCCCGGCAGCUCCGAGUUCAUUCGACAGGCUGCUCACGUUCCCAUCUGCAAUGCGAAAUUGUAUGAAGAACAACCAGGAAGAUUGACACCUGCCGCGCUAGGCCCACUUGAUGGUCGAUUGGGAGUCUCUUCUAAAGGGCUGGUCAUCAAUUGCCUUCAAUGCAUAUGCCGGAAUUGCUCUCGGUUACUACUUACGGCAGAAGAAAAGACGAACUUCCUACGACAGAUUGCGAAUCCCGGUCUAGAUUAUCUACGAAGAAAAGCGCUGCAUAAAAAAAUUAUCACUUCCUGCAAGAAAAACAAAAUGUGUCUUCAUUGUGGGCAAAUUAAUGGCGUUGUGAAAAAGGCUGUUGGAGUUCCACUGAAAAUAGCGGAUGCAUUGGAUCGUGAGGACAUUUCUGAAUACACGCAAGUGAUGAAUGCAAGCCAAGAGAUCAAUAAAUUACUUCCGAAAGCCAAGUUCUCUCAGCUAACGCCACUGCAAGUUCAAAAAAUCUUCAGCCGGAUACUCCCAGAAGACAUUGCCAUAAUUAUGGUUCGAUGUGGCCAAGAGAAGCAUCCGCAAGAUUUGCUGCUGACGCGAAUUCCCGUACCACCAGUUUGCAUUCGCCCUUCGGUUGCAAGCGAGGUCAAAGCUGGUACCACUGAAGAUGAUUUGACGAUGAAGCUGUCAGAAAUCUUUUUGAUCAACGAUGUACUUCGAAAACAUAAACGAGAUGGAGCACCAUCAAAAACAGUUCACGAGACUUGGGAGCAUCUACAGAUUCAAUGCGCGUUAUAUAUUAACGCGGAAGUAUCUGGACUACCACCAGACAUGCAAAGCAAAAAAACGAUUCGUGGAUUAACACAACGUCUAAAAGGCAAACAAGGUCGCUUUCGAGGAAAUCUAUCUGGAAAACGUGUCGAUUUUACGAGUCGAACAGUUAUUUCGCCCGAUCCAAAUUUGCGCAUCGAUCAAGUUGGAGUUCCAAUUCAUGUCGCGAAGAUUCUUACAUUUCCAGAAGUCGUUAACGAUCUGAAUAUAGAGAAGAUGAGGCAGUUGGUUCGAAAUGGUCCCGAUGUGCAUCCAGGUGCAAACUACAUUGAUUCUAAAACACAGGGAAAACGAUAUCUAAGAAUCGGCAAUCGGGAUUAUAUGGCGGAAAAAUUACAACGAGGCGACAUUGUAGAAAGGCAUCUCAAUGAUAAUGAUCCGGUGCUCUUUAAUCGGCAACCUUCGUUACACAAAAUUUCAAUUAUGAGCCACCGGGCAAAAGUUAUGCCAGGGAGAACAUUACGAUUCAAUGAAUGCGCAUGUGCACCUUACAACGCUGAUUUUGAUGGAGACGAGAUGAACUUGCAUUUGCCUCAAACCUAUGAGGCUCGAGCCGAGGCAUCACUUUUGAUGGGGGUUAAAAGCAACUUGAUCACUCCAAGAUCCGGCGAACCUUUAGUGGCAGCCAUACAGGAUUUCAUUACUGGUGGUUAUUUGAUGACACACAAAGACACUUUCUUCCCCCGCGCUGAAGUUCAUCGUUUUGCUGCAGCAAUUAUUGAUGCUUCUGCAAAGAAACAAACUCGGAUGUUUAUCCCACCACCUGCAAUCUUAAGACCAGUAGAGUUGUGGACGGGCAAGCAGCUCAUUGAAUUGGUUAUUCGGCCUGAUGCGGAUUCUGAGAUAAAUUUGAACUUGAAGACGAAGAACAAAAGCUACACGAAAAAUGAAGAUCUAUGCCACAACGAUUCAUAUGUUAUCAUCAGAAAUAGCCAACUGAUUUGUGGUGUUCUAGACAAGUCUCUGCUAGGAUCGGGCUCCAAAGUAAACAUUUUCUACAUACUGCUACGAGAUUUUGGUGAAGAUGCGGCCGUGGAUGCAAUGUGGCGCUUAGCGCGAAUGGCACCCGUGUAUUUGACUAACCGGGGCUUUUCUAUUGGCAUUGGUGAUGUGAAGCCGUCAGAAAGAUUACUUAGUGAACGAAAAGCUCUCAUCAAUGAGGGUUAUCAUAAAUGUGACGACUUCAUUGCACAACUAGCUUCUGGACGUCUCAAGACGCAACCUGGCUGCAGUGAAAAAGAAACACUCGAGUCUUUGAUUCUUCGGGAAUUGUCCGUGGUUCGUGAUCACGCAGGUCAAGUCUGUGUCAAGAAUCUCAGCUCGCACAACGCACCCCUUACAAUGGCUAUCUGUGGGUCAAAAGGCUCGUUCAUUAACAUCUCUCAAAUGAUUGCUUGCGUUGGUCAGCAGGCCAUUUCCGGACAUCGACCUCCUGAUGGAUUUGAAAACCGAUGUCUUCCACAUUUUCCCCGAUAUCAAAAUACACCGCAAGCCAAGGGAUUUGUUGAAAACAGUUUUUACUCUGGACUUACACCAACCGAGUUCUUUUUCACACGAUGGGUGGACGAGAGGGACUUGUCGAUACAGCGACUUGAUCCUGCUCUUAUGGAGGCAAAAGAUGGCUCAGUAAUCGAUUUUGAGCACGUUUGGAAUCAUGUCCGUUGCCUUACCAACUCGAAUACAUGCGAUGAAGAGAUCGCCCCAGCGGAAAUGAAAAUCUUUAUCAAAAAUUCCCUCCAAGAUCACUUUUCAAAUGAGAUCAAAGCAUAUUUGGUAGAAAAACACAGAGAAGAAAAGUCACAAAUUGACAAAAAAGAACAAACAAUGGCGCCAAACUUGUCAGAUGACCACGUCUUUGAAGAAGUCUCAAACUGGGGCACACGAUCUUCAACUCUGGCUGUAAAAACAAUCUGGAAUGACUUGUGGCAGUUUUUGGCGAAAAUCAUGAAUCGAGGUGCAAAAGUCUACGAACUACCUUCGACUUGCAAAAGCCACAAGAAUGCAAAAACCGGAUCACGUCAGAGCAACUCAACUUCAUGUCAUAACUGCGUGCGAGCGUUCAACUAUCGAAAAAGGUUAUUAGCAUCGAUGUAUUUGACCCACGAACAGGUGACCGUUUUCGUUGAGAAAUGUGCAAAUAAAUGGAAAAAGGCAAUCAGCGAGCCAGGAACAACAGUUGGAGCAAUUGCUGCUACUAGCAUUGGAGAGCCUUCGACUCAAAUGACACUUAAAACUUUCCAUUUUGCUGGAGUUGCCAGUAUGAACAUUACUCAGGGAGUCCCGCGAAUUAAAGAAAUUAUCAACGCUGUGAAGUCUAUUUCGACUCCCGUUAUAAGUGCUUCUUUACGCGAUGAAAGCGAUGGAGAUCUAGCUCGUAGAUGUAAAGCUAGGAUUGAAAAAACGACACUUGGAGAAAUCUGUGAGUACAUCGAAGAAGUUAUUCAAGCAGAUGAUGCUUUCAUUUUAAUUAAAUUAAGUGCUCAACGGAUUCGUUUGCUUCGUUUAGAGGUCACUCCAUAUAGCAUUCAACGAGCUAUUGCCGCGACGAAAUUUGAAAUUCCACUUAAAAUUGCUGAUAUUCAUCCUCGUGGAAAAACUAUGAUCGUGAUUAGGCCAGCAGUCUCUCAAAAAAUGUCAAGACGAGGGCAUUUUCAAUAUUUGAAAAGAGUUUUAUCUCGUGUGAUUGUUAAAGGGCUUCGGGACGUUUCGCGGUGUGUCAUUCAUGUUGAUGAAUCGAAGGGCAAUCGCCAUGAGUUGCUAAUCGAAGGAACUGAUUAUUUAGGGGUAAUGUGCACAAAUGGUGUGAAUCCAGUGAAAACCAGAUUCAAUAAUGCUCUUGUUGUUGCUCAGGUUCUUGGCAUCGAGGCUGCUCGGAAAAUCAUUAUUGAGGAGAUUUUGUCGACUAUGGAAAGUCACGGCAUCAGCUUAGACCGUCGUCACGUAAUGUUACUGGCCGAUAUCAUGACAUACAGAGGUGAAGUGCUCGGAAUUACACGCAACGGUCUUGUAAAGAUGAAAGAGUCUGUGUUACUGCUUGCAUCAUUUGAAAGAACAACCGAUCAUCUUUUUGAAGCAGCUUUCUUUGGGCAAAAAGACGAGAUUAAAGGAGUAUCCGAAUCGAUCAUACUCGGCACACCGAUCAGAAUUGGAACAGGAAUGCAUAAACUUCUUUUCAAACAUCCAGCAUCUCUUCCUAUUCGACCACGGCCAAUUCUCCUUGACGCGAUCUUCAAAGACUCGAAA